ACUGACUUCCCACAGGAAUUCCUUUUCUGCUUUCUCGCCUACCGUCUAGCGCAUUGAGAGGUUUCUAUUAUACAUUUGAACUGCACACACGCUUCUGUCACAUCAUUAAGUAAAGCCGACCAUGUCAGGACGAGGUGGGCGAGGCGGAGGUGACCGCGGUGGCCGUGGAAACUAUGGCGAUCGUGGCGGCCGAGGCGGUGGCGGCGGCGAUCGAGGUGGUCAAGGCGGCGGCUACGGUGGAGGUGAUCGUGGCGGCCGUGGAGGUUUCGGUGAUCGUGGUGGACGUGGAAGCUACCAGAUCAGCUCUCGUGGCGGUCGACCCAACCAAGGUCCCACUAUCUACCUGGCUGACACGCCACUUUUGCCCGAAAAUCCUGCUGUGGCCAAGCUUGAAGAUCAAAUCGUGCAGGCCACAGCAGGCAAGAUCAUCGAGGGCCUCCCUGGGCGUAACGGGUACGGGACUUCGGGCACCGCGAUCAAACUUCGAACGAACUCGUUCCCCAUAUCUUUGACUCCAAACAAGGUGUCAUGGUACCGUUAUCUCAUCGACAUUACACCUGCUCCAUCGAACCAGAAACGUCGGGCGAUCAUCACGCAAUUGAUCAAAGAUAAAGCAAACGUUUUGGCGGACAAGUCUCGUGCGACGGACUAUGCUACGAUCUUGCUAUUGACCGAGAAGGUACCUGACACUGAGGUGUCUGUCCUUCUUCGACAAUCGCCGUCUGUACCGGUUAAAGUUGAUGAUUCUGCCCAUGGUGUCGAAGUUGCCAAGCGCAACACGUACAAUGUGAAGAUCACAUAUCAAGCCCAGUUUGCUCUGGAACAUCUUAUUGAGUGGCUGCAAAGCCCAAAUGCUAGCGCAGUCUAUAGUGCUCGCACGGAUGUGAUUCAGCUGAUCAACAUCAUCCUGUGUCAAGGCCCAAAUGACUUUGAAGGGAUCAAGUGCAUUGGUCAGAAUAAGUUCUACCCGCACGAUGAUCACCCGGAUCCGGAGCAGGGUCCGCUUUCUGGAGGACUCCAAGCACUGCGAGGAUUUUAUGCCUCUGUACGCCCAGCUACCUAUCGACUGAUGCUCAAUCUCAACGUAACCGCCGGCGCGUUCUACAAGCCUGUGUCGUUGCUCGAGCUUUGGGAUCUUCACCAGCCUCCACGAGGUGGCCUGCGCUCACCUGACCAAUGGAAGCAGAUUGCUAGCUUCUGCAGGCACCUCAAAUUCCGCACCACUUAUGCAAAGGAUAAACAGCCACGUGACAAGAAUUUCGUGAGCUUCUGCUCGAAACCUCCUUAUGGCAAUGCGAACCAGGUCAAGAUUAAGUGGAAUGGUCCCGGUGGCACUGGUACCGAGCGUGAGAAUACUGUCGCCGAGUUCUUCAAGCAGGAGUAUAACAUCACGCUCAAGCAUCCUCAACUGCCUGUGGUGAACGUGGCCACUCAGAAGAACCACAGCUGGAUUCCUCCGGAACUUGCUGUUCGAGUUUUGCCUGGCCAGGCCUACACCAGAUUGUUGUCUGGCAAUGACACCUCUGAUAUGCUCAGAUUUGCUGCUCGCGCUCCUUGGGAGAAUGCCGAGUCCCUUGCCGGCACUCCGCCUAACGCGGUCGGAAAGGGCUUGCGAAUUUUCCGUCUGGUGCACCCGAGCGGUGAUAUGCAAGCCAACUCGGUAGCCAAAUGGGGCUUCCGUGUUGAGACUCAAAUGAUCACUAUCCCUGGGCGUGUCCUCGAGGCACCAGUCGUCAAUUAUGGUGCAGGCGGCAAAGGCAAAAUCCAGCCUCGUUUCGGCGCGUGGAACAGCGCCAAUCAAAUUUUCCAUACUCCGGGAACCUUUCCCAAAUGGCAAGUUGUCGCCGUCAAUGGAUGCAUUGGUGGAAGCCAUAAGCCCGUCGUCGAUCGCUUCGCAGCACACCUCGCUGGCUGCGGCAUGCGCAUGGGCCAAUUAGGCCCGCUUGCGAGAAUCGAGUUGAACAACAUGUGGGACGUCCGCAACAGGGAUCUCAACGACGAAAAGAUCCGAGACAGCUUCGCAACAGCGGCGAAGAAUGGAUGCGGUAUCCAGCUCGUCGUCCUUCCAGACCAGGAUAAGUGGCUCUAUGCCCGAAUCAAGUACUGGGCUGAUGUGGUCUAUGGUGUGGGCACAGUUUGCUGUGUUGCACGUAAAUUCUUGAAGGAACAAGGCCAAGGGAUGUACUUUGGGAAUUUAGCUCUAAAGAUCAAUCUCAAGGGCGGCGGAAUUGCGCACACCAUCUCGACUGCUAUUGCACCUCCAGUGGACGGUAGCACAAUGCUCAUGGGCAUCGACGUGACUCAUCCCUCACCUGGCAACGCCGACACUGCACCUAGCAUUGCUGCACUUGUUGCCAGCUACGACAGGCAUAUGUUCCAAUGGCCAGGCUCUCUUCGUGCUCAAACCCGCCGUCAGGAGAUGGUCGAAGGGCUCAAGGAGAUGACCAUCGAGCGCCUCAACCUCUGGGUGAAGAAGAAUCGCACCUUACCAACCAAGAUUAUCGUCUAUCGUGAUGGAGUGUCCGAAGGUCAAUACCAGACCGUCCUCGAAAAGGAAGUUCCGCCACUCGAGGAAGCUUUCAAGGAGAAAUACGGGGCACAAAAGAACUGGCCCAAGCUGACCAUGAUAAUCGUUGGCAAGCGGCAUCACACGCGUUUCUAUCCGACCACCUUGGCGCAGACUUCGCGCUCGUCCAACCCGCAACCCGGCACCGUAGUCGACCGUGCCAUCACCAGCAAGAUCUUGUUCGAUUUCUACUUGCAGGCGCACGAUGCCCUCCAGGGAACUGCCCGGCCAGCACAUUAUGUGGUCGUCAAAGACCAAAUCGGCUUCUCGGCGAAUCAGCUCCAGACUUUCACCCACCAGUUGUGCUACCUGUACAACCGUGCCACCAAGGCCGUCUCCAUCUGCCCGCCGGCGUAUUACGCCGAUCUCCUCGCAGAGCGUGGACGUUGCUAUCUUUACAAGUAUCUGAGUGAGGGCGGAGGAGGCAAUGACAAUGCCAGCACGAUCAGUGGAAACGGAGGUGGUGGUGGAGGAUUCAACAGUCUCGUGGACUGGACAGGUGGUGUGCACAAGAGCCUGGCGGAGACAACCUGGUAUGUCUAGUAUGUAUGCCGGCUAGCCUUUAGUAC